AUGGGACCUGAACAACAACCCGAUGUGCAUGGAAAAUGGUUCUAUCCAAGCGGUCUGGGACGUCGCAUUCGAUUCCGACCACAGCCCAGUUCUUCUCAGCUUUAUGCUACGGUUCCAGAAAAGGUAUCGGGGAGAUCAACAUCAGCCGAAGCUCGACUUGGCAAGUCCGAAAAACGAGGAAUGCAGAAAAAAGUUCCGCCAGUGCCAAUCAAUGUCGGAUUAAGGACCAGGAAGAGAGUGAACGACGCUUACUCUUUCACCAAAUGGAUUCAGGACGUUGCAAAAAAAAAACGAUCCCGCUUUCAGCACCGAGGAAAAAACUUCGCAUUUGCAUAUGCGGAGACAAUAUCCACGUACAAUUCUAUAUGUGUUGCCCACACUACUGGUGACUUCAACCAGGAGAAGCGUCUGAGAGGGAGGAUGCGUCUUCAGCUGAAACGUGAUCGUGAGAAGGAAUGGACGUCAAAAGUGAAGGAGUUUGAGAAGGCGGGGAGGACAAGAACCCGAGAAAAGCCUAUACUCUGCUAA